AGUCACUUUUUCCAUUCACAAUCAAAUUGGCCGUGUCUUUUUUGACAAAGGUCAUGGCUGAAAAUUUGAUAGCUGUCGAAUGUUGAAUUUAGGAAUGUUGCUCAAUUAAGAUCAUAGAUCAUUUUAUUUAUUAUUAAUAAUGUAAAUAUUAAGACUCAACAUGGAAUUUGAAGCUGGCGAAUAGAUAAAUCAAUUUAGUAUUCUUUCAGUACUGUCUUCUAGUUCCAAGUUCUUAAGUUCUAAAAGAAACAGUUGUUUAUCUACGAAUGUUCACGAAAAAUUGUUUACGUUGACUUUGAAUAACAUUUGCUCCGAACGACUUGAGUAGCGACCAGCGACUAUGGCAGACGCCGCAGUUUCGAAUGCGCAGUCCAUGAUGAAGUGCUGUGAAAACUAUAUUCUAAUAGAUGCUGGUGCCAAUUUAACCAAUAAAAAAUUCGGACGAGACUUGGAAUCCGUCCUCCAGAGAGCAAAAGAUGCAGGAGUUCAGAAGAUGAUAGUGCCAGGCUCGUCCGUUAAAUCGAGUAAAGAAGCACUUAGGCUUGCCAGAAUAUAUCCUGACACAAUAUAUGCAACUGCAGGUGUGCACCCGCACGACGCCAAGUCGUGGACGGACGAGUGCCUGAGUGAGCUGCGCAGCGUUGCCGAGUGUAGCGAGUGCGUGGCCAUCGGCGCAUGUGGCCUCGACUACAACAAGGACUUCUCUUCGCCCGAACUGCAGAUGGAGGCUUUUAGCAAACAGAUUGAGCUGGCGUGCGAAGUGAAGAAGCCGUUGUACGUGCACGAGCGUGACGCACAUGAGGACAUGUUGCGAGUGCUGGCCAAGUACCGAGACAGCAGCAGCCUCAGUCUGCCACCCGUCUUCAUCCACUCCUUCUCGGGCAACGCCCAGCAGGCGCGCGCCUACGUGCAACUCGGCGUCUAUGUCGGAAUCACUGGUGUGUUGUGCAAGGAUAACUCUGAAAAGGGCUUGCAAUCGCUUUUGGUUGAAAGUGGUCUUCCUCUCGAUCAUUUAUUGGUUGAAACUGAUUCUCCGUUUCUCUACCCCAAUGCAAGGGCUUCCAAGCUGCCACCUCAUGUUAGAGAUGGUCUAACUCAACGAUCGCUGACGUUCCUGCAGCGCUACUGCACUUUCCAGCGCAACGAGCCGUGCUCUCUGCCCGCCCUGGUGGAGAUGGUGGCCGCCUUGUUAUGCCGCUCCCCAGAGGACGUCGCCCUCGCCACCGCAUUCAAUGCGCUCAAAGUAUUCGGCCUAUCUUGACACCUACUAACCUAACUACACCAUGCAUUUCAUUUUGUUAUUGUUGCUUAUAAUAUAUAUUCUAUGUAUCAAUAAAUUAUAUUUUUAAAUCA